AUGAAACUUUCAACAGCAAUUUAUUUCAACAAAACGAAUUUAAAGUUCGAAGGUUUCACCGACCUCGGAGAGUGGACUCCGGAACAUCAGAAGCAAAAAAAAGGGGACCAUGCUCUGGUGUUUAUGUACCAGCCAUUUAGAGGAUCAUGGGUACAAACGCAUGGAUGUUUCUUGAGUGUCGGUUGUGCAUCUGGCACGGUGUUGCACAAAUUAUUAUUAGAAUGUAUUCUUUUGAUUGAAAACAGCGGCUUUUUCGUCGAUGCCGUCGUCACCGACGGCGCCUCCUGGAACAGGUAUAUGUGGAAUAUCUUCGGUGUCACAGACAAAGAUAUCAGCGUACCUCAUCCAUGUUGUGAUGCUGAAAGAAGACUUUGGUUCUUCUCUGACUUCCCCCAUCUCAUUAAAGCACUGCGGAAUUUUUUAAUAAAAUUGUUUAAAUACGCAGUAAUUUACACUCCAGACGGCAACAUUUCUUUGAAGCACUGGUACGCAUUACUCGAACUUCUUGGAAAACUCUCAUAUGAACUGAGAGUAAAUUAUAAGCUUCGCUUGGACCACGUAGAGCCGAAAUAUUACCAGAAGAUGAACGUUGCACUGGCUUUCCAGUUUUUCAAUAUUCAUCAUGCUUUGGAAAUUUACAAUGAUUGCCAUGAGGAUCUGGAAGAUUGUAAUGGAACAAUUACGUUUUGUAAAAGGAUAACGUCUCUUAUCAAGGCGAUGAAUAGUCGCACUGCUUUUGAUGCCAUGGCACCGAAUAAUGAAGCUUGGAAGACCAUUGAAGACUUUAUUCUCUUUCUUGAAGAAUGGGAAAGUAACGCGAAGGGCAAAUUGGAAUUCAUGAGUGAUAAUUGCUGUUACGGUAUGAAAAUAUCAUUAAAAGCAGUUUUGGAGAUUUGCACCUUUUUAACAGAGAAAUGUAAUUUCUCAUAUUUAAUGACUGCGCGUGUGAAUUAG